AUGACUGUGUCUGAGGCAUAUGCCGCGUUGGGCGUCCGCCACGGGGCAGCGUGGGACGAGGUCAAAGCCGCAUACUUUGCCCUCGCCAAGACCCACCACCCGGACGUAGUGGACAAGGAGACUGUGAGCGCCGAGGAAGCCCACGCUACGUUCCUCCGCCUUGGUGAGGCCUACGCACUGCUCAAGGAUGCAGCGGCGGGCGGGCCGGGCGGGCCGGGCGGAGGUGGGCCGGCCAGCUCCUCGAGCGGGAGCGCCGACGCGGGAGAGGCUGGCGGCUCGGGCCACGCGUGGUGGAAUGUGUGGAUGCGGCCGGGCGGCGGGCCGGGCGCGCUGCUGGGCAAGGACUCGAUCCGGGUCACCAACGAUCGGUGGGAGUCGCACAUCCGCGGCUCCAAGCUCGCGUCCAAGCUCGAUGCCUGGAUCUUUGGCUCGGACGCCAACACGCUCAUCGAGGAGCUGGUGCGUGAGCGCGAUCUGGAGGCUGCGCUGGCAGUGUUUGAGCAUCUCAAGGCGUCGCCGGACGCGAGUCCGCCGACUCAGUCGACGUACGCCAUGCUCAUUCGCGGCUGCACGCUCAACAUGCGGCGGACCGGGCCCGACACCGACAACGAGGCCGACCCGUACACAGCCUCGCUGCUCGAGCUCGCCAAGGAUCUGUUCAAGGAAAUGCAGACAGGGCCCAAGUACAAGCCGUACGAGUCAACCAUCCACGAGAUGAUCCGCGCUCACGGUAAGGCCGGCGACUUUGACGGCGCCUGGGAGCUCUUCGACAAGCUGCUGUUUGAGAAGUUUGUCCGCCCCACCAACCUCGUCUGCAACUCGAUGCUCGAGAUCUGCCUCACCACCGGCCACCACGCUGAGGCCCACAAGGUCUUGCUCAUUCUUGACGGCGCCAAGUCGCUGCUCAAGCCGCUGUACAAGCCCGACUCGCGGACGUUUGGCCUUGCUCUUAAGAACUCGGUCGAUGGCGGCUACUUUGCCACUGUCCCCGAGCAGCUGCGCAUUCUCGCCUCUAACCACCUGUUCCCAGACCCGCCUACCUCGGAGCGCAUCGUUACCGCCGCACUGACUGCCGGCGACGUCGACGCCGCCGACGCUAUCCUCGCCGCCCUCGAUGCGACGGGCGCGACUGCGCUCCCGCCGCCUGCCCUCGAGCGGGUUGCAGCCGCCCGCGCCCUCGCCCUCACCACUGGCUCUGAGGCCGGAGAUGAGAAAACGGAGGUGUGA